AUAGGUACGGAUGCGUCCCAUUCCGCAGACCAACCGUCUUCUCUUCCCUCACUCCAACAACUCCCUUUUCUCCAUUUCCCUUUCAUCUUCUUUCCAUUUCCAUUUCCCUUUACCUUUCCUCUCUCCAUUUCACCCAUGCCAUGUCGCCGUGGCUCUUCUCUCUCUUCCUCCUCUACACUCCACUAAUCCUCGCUGCCUCUCAAUGCGGCACCUUCCACAUCCCUUUCCCCUUCUACCUCAACUCCACCCCUCCACUCCAUGACGCUUUCCACCUCUCCUGCAUCAACUCCUCCUCUCUCUUCCUCACCAUCGCCUCCCGCUCCUACCGCAUCCUCCGCUUCUUCCCCGACGGCCUCCUCCUCGACUUCCCCAACACCACCCUCUGCCGCCACUACAACGACCUCAGGUCCUUCUCCUUCGCCGCCGAUCAGCACUUCGCCAUCUCCUCCGACAACAUCCUCGAUUUGUACGACUGCGAAGAUUCCUCCCUCUGCAAACCCGUCUGCGAGAGGACCUCUCUCAUGCCUUCCUGCGACGGCCGCCCCGCCGGCUACCCCUCCUGCUGCUAUCCCCUCUCCGACCGCACCUCCUGGCGCCCCGGCGAUAGCAUCACCGCUUUCUCCAAAUACGGCUGCAGGGGAUUCUCCUCUUGGGUUGUUAUUCCCGGCAGCAGCACCGGAUUGCGGGGUGUUAAGCUCGAAUGGGCUGUUCCCAGAAACUCCACCCACGCCGCCUGUGCCCCCAACGCCAAUGUCGUCAAUGCUACCUCCGUUGCUAACGGUUUCAGAUGCCAAUGCGCCGAUGGAUUCUCCGGCGACGGCUUCCCUUCCGGAGUAGGAUGUCUCAAAUCCUGCUUCAAGGAUGGAAAGGAAGUUGAUGGAAGUGAGUGCUAUCAGGUUAAACAUGGACGAAAAAAGGCAAUCAUUUUAGCCGGGGUACUGACCUCAACUCUGUCUGUCGUGUCGUUAACGGCACUUUUCCUGAUGAAACGCCGCAUCAGAUCGGAUAAAUUAAUCACAGAGCAGCCACAUUUCCAAGCCAACAUCUCCUCUCACAAGGCCAGGCUGUUCACAUACCACGAGCUCGAGGAGGCAACCAGGGGAUUCGGAGACAGCCAGAAGAUAGUCGACAGCUCUUCCCCCUCCACACUCUACCACGGAGUCGUAGGAGGGGGAUCGCGCGUCGCAGUGCAGAAAGUCGACUAUUGUGACACUGAAAGCGACCUCAUUCAAAUCAUGCUCAGGCUCGAGAGACUCUCCGCUGUUUCCCACAGAAACAUGGCGCGCGUGAUCGGAUGGUCCAUCAAUGCCGGCUCCACUCCCCUCGUCGUCUACGACUACCCUCAAAACGGAACCCUGAUGGACCACCUGCGCCGCGCCAGAUACGAGAACGUGCCUUUCCACUGGCACAAGAGGCUCAGCGUCGCCGCGCAGACCGCAUCCACCCUCGCAUUCCUCCACAACGAGAUCUCGCCUCCCCUGUUCCACCACGAUCUCCACUCCGCGUGCAUCUUCCUAGACAUCGACUUCUCCGUCAAGCUCGCCGGCUUCGAUCUGCUCAACGACGAAGGGAGCGGGAGGAGGAGGAACGACGUCUACAGCCUCGGCCUGGUCCUUCUGGAGAUCAUCACGGGGGACGCCGUGGUGGACUGCACCACCGCGGCUCUGCACAAGGGGAAGAUUGAGGAGAUGGUGGACCCCAGCCUGUACUACCACGAGCAGCCAUCGUCGAGGCGCGAGCAGAUUCAGAUAGUGGUGGACCUUGCCACGCGGUGUCUGCUAUUUGGAGCUGACGCCAAGCUUGGGAUGGUGGACGUGGCGAGGGAGCUGUUGCAUAUCGCCAAGGACUGCGUGGAUGGAGGUAGCAGGAGGGGACCGGCGUUGGAGGAGACGUUUUCGAAUUCUAGUCUCCUUCAGAUGAUAUCGAUGUCGCCGGAUUCAAUCCACGUGCCAUCGCAAUCGCAAGCCAGGCCAGAUCAUAUGUAUAAUUGAUCAUUUACAUUCAUGUAAGGAUUUUUCCUAGCUAGCUUGGAGUCUACUGUCUGCGGUGUAUAUCACAAAAUGAAAAAUGUAUUAUUGUUAAAAAAACGAAUUACUAAUUAAAUUGAACGUUUAGAUCUUAAUUACAACAUUUCAAUUUCGUUACCGGUGAACAUGAUUGGAUGGGGAUAUAAAGUUUAGUUACAACA